CAACAAGCGGAGAGCAGCCCCACAAUAAUUGGCGCGACGGCCGCCGGGCAGCCACGCACCAUGCGCGGGCUGGCCACGCUCCUCGCGGCGACGGCCGCCGCCCAGCGGUAUGAAGUAUUGGAGGGCGUGGAACUCGUCUGGGCUGCGCCAGCCACCACCCCAAAGGGUUUAGUCGCAUUGUUUCACGCGACGGGCCGCCGCGCGCACCACUGGUGGCCCGCAUCCACAAAAUGUCCAUCUUGUAAAGCGCUGCCCGCCGAAGCGAGUCUAGCCCGGGCCUGCCUUAAGCAUGGACUAGCUGCGGCCUCGCUCACCGCACACUCAACAACAUGGAGUCAAGACGACGGCCCGCGCGCUGCCCACGCCCUCGUGGCGCUUUCUACGAGAGAAGGCUGGAAGGUGCCGUUGUACGCCAUCGGUAUCGGUGAAGGCGCGUCGUUCGUCGCCACGAGUCUCCCGCGGGCGCUGCCUCCGUCGCUACCGCUCAAGGGCGUGCACGUCCAGCUUUUAGGGGAUGUGCCCGCCACUCGAAGACCGGCGGCGAAACGCGUCGCUGUCUUGUCCAUGCCGCGCGACGCGCCGACGCAGCGGCGCGUCGAAGGUGCGAUCCGGACGUGGCGACGCGCGGGUGCUGAAGUACUGGAACAAAGAGCAGCACCUUUGGCGUUGGACGAUACGUACUUCUCCAGGACUUUAAAUGGAGUCUCGCCGCAGGAGUCGCGGCAGCUCGUUAGAUUACUUAGGGUGGCAGGAUAUGUGUCGGGCGGCGGGUUUUUGCUGGCGGACCCGGCGACGUCGGCCUGGCGCGGCGUCGUGGCCGCGCCGCUUGGGAGGCGCGGGGCUGCCGAGCUCGGGACGCUGCGCGUCGUCGCGCGGGACGACCUCUCUUCCCGCAGUUCGGCGCUGGGCGCGGCGCUCGCGCGGGCGUACGGGCGGAGCGAGGCGAGCGCCGAGGACGCCGACGCUGCUUUGGCGUUCCUGCUGAAGGAGUAACUUAGUGUGUGUUGUG